UUUUUGUUCAAAUCAAAACCCUACCACACCUCUCUUUCUCUAUCCACUCUUCUGCUCCUUCAGAUUCAGCCAUUGGAGCGUACAGAUGCGUGCCAACCAAAUCAGUACAGGGAUUUUUCAGUUUUGUGAGGACAGGGCAAUGCUUGGGUAGAUUACAGGGAACUUUUGCAUCUACCAGACUUGGUGUGAGACUGUUUAAGUCAAUGACUGGUUUAUGUGUUGCUGAUUCUUUGAGCUCUUCGUCUCCUCCUGUAUCUGAUGGAGAAUUAAAUCUCCGGCCAUUAUCUUUAGGUAGUGGAGAUCUGAAAAAAUCUUCAUCCACAAGCGUUCAAUGUACACCUGACAUUGAAAAGAAGUAUGUUCAUCGUGUUUAUGAAGCAAUUGCUCCACAUUUCAGUUCCACUAGGUUUGCCAAGUGGCCGAAAGUAUCGACGUUUUUGAAUGCAUUGCCGCGUGGUUCUCUUGUUUUGGAUGCGGGAUGUGGUAAUGGGAAGUACUUGGGAUUGAAUCCGGAGUGUUUUUACAUUGGUUGCGACAUUAGUCCUCCUUUGAUUAACAUAUGUUUGGAUAGAGGAAAUGAAGUGAUGGUUGCAGAUGCUGUAAAUAUGCCUUACAUGAAUGAUUUCGGUGAUGCAGCGAUUUCUAUUGCGGUACUACAUCACCUAAGCACUGAAAGUAGAAGGAUAAAAGCUAUUGAAGAAUUACUCCGAGUUGUCAGGAAAGGUGGGUUGGCCCUUGUAACAGUUUGGGCAGUAGAACAAGAAGAUAGGACUUUGCUUACCAAAUGGACUCCUCUUGCUGAGAAGUACUCAAGUGAGUGGGUGGGACCAGGUAGCCCUCGUGUACGUAGUAGUCCUUCACCUUUUGCACUUGGAAGAAUUCCAGAAACUGAUGAGAAUGGUGGAAAUAGGAUAAAACGUGAUUCAGAGGAGAAGAGAGAACAUGAACUUGUAGCUAUAGACGAGGAAGGAAGUUCCUUGACAUCUGGAAAUGAAAACGACAUUGACAGCCAACAGGAGUAUUUUGUUCCAUGGCAUUUGCCAUAUCACCGUGCUGAAAUCAGCGGCGCAUCUGUUGGUGCUCUUGCAAGCGGACUAGCAAAAAGAGACGAGAAGAAGGGCACUGUGGUAUACAACCGAUACUACCAUGUCUUCAAAGAGGGAGAGCUUGAAAGGUUAACUUGUGGUAUAAAGAAUGCAAUCAUACGCGAUCGUUUUUAUGACAAAUCUAAUUGGUGUAUCAUUCUCGAGAAGACAUGAUUUUCGAACGCAUGCUUUAUUGUCCAUCCCCACUCCCAUGGUGGAACUACCAAACAAUGAAAAUGGAAGGCAAAGCACUUAAAUUUGGGUGUUUGCUCAUCCAGUCUCAAGUUGAGCAGAACAUCUCAAAAGGGUCCUACAAAAUCAUAAAUAAAUGUUAAAAAUGGGGCACACAGUCAAAUUGUUCGGUGGUACCAGUGUUAAAAUUGUCUGCCAUCCAAGUUGAUGGGAAAAUGGGCAAAUUUAAUUAGCCCCACUGGAUUUUCCCUUAGUAGUUAACUGUAUAGCAACAUAUUCAGAAUUUUGUCUGCUACAGGAGGCUACGAAGAUAAAUCACCCAUAAACUGAUAUGGAGGAAGCUAAUUUUGAUCUUUGGUAUUAUAGCUCGUUCACCACAUUAAGAACAUUUUUUCGUCCGAUAAUGCCGACCAUUCUGUUUCUCAUCA